UCUGUUUCCUGAUUGGACGGAAGAACCGUCAUUAAAUUACGUAGUGCGACGGGACGACGUCACACGCAAGAUCAAGAGGGAAGAAGUAUGGCCGCUGUGUUGAGAGGGUCUCGCUAUCUAGUUGGAAGGUGCAGCAAGCAUGUUGACUUUCUGUGUGUCUCCACGAGGUCUAUGGCCUCAAAGACACAGGUGGGGUUUGUUGGUCUGGGCAACAUGGGAAACCCAAUGGCAAAGAACUUGCUGAAGCACGGAUACCCAGUCAUUGCCACAGAUGUGUUCCCAGAGUCCUGCAAGGAAAUACAAGAGAUGGGUGCACAGAUUGUAGAUAAUCCUGCUGAGGUAGCAGACAAGGCUGACCGCAUCAUCACAAUGCUCCCCUCUAGUCCCAAUGUCGUAGAUGUGUAUACUGGACCUAAUGGCAUUCUCAAAAAGGUAAAGAAAGGCUCCCUCCUCAUCGACUCCAGCACCAUCGACCCAGCUGUUUCAAAAGAGAUGGCUGCCGCUGCAGAGAAGAUGGGCGCAGUUUUUAUGGAUGCACCUGUAUCAGGAGGUGUUGGUGCCGCUAGUUCGGGAAAACUAACUUUUAUGGUCGGAGGAGCAGAGGAGGAAUUUACUGCAGCCAAAGAGCUGCUGAGCUGCAUGGGAGCCAACGUGGUCUACUGCGGUCAAGUCGGAACUGGACAGGCUGCCAAAAUAUGUAACAACAUGCUUUUAGCCAUUGGAAUGAUUGGCACUUCAGAGACAAUGAACUUGGGAAUCAGACUUGGGCUCGAUCCCAAACUGUUGGCCAAAAUCCUGAACAUGAGUUCAGGCCGUUGCUGGUCUAGUGACACCUACAACCCUGUGCCUGGAGUCAUGGAGGGAGUCCCCUCUGGGAAUAACUACCAGGGAGGCUUUGGCACCCAGCUGAUGGCGAAGGACUUGGGCCUCGCACAGAACACGGCGACGAACACAAAGACUCCUGUCCCCCUCGGCUCCUUAGCCCAUCAGAUCUACCGUAUGAUGUGUGCACGUGGUUACGCCAGCAAGGAUUUCUCCUCCGUAUUCCAGUUCUUGCGUGAGGAGGAGGGUCAGUAAUGUCAGCCCCCACCCUGUCCACAGCCUUGCCAGGCCUGGCCCUACACUAGUGUAGUUGGGAGGGGGUGCAUUUCACCCUCAGGACUUCCUCUUUGUUUUUUCUUUACUUUUUUUCAAAGUUGUGAAAGACAUGAAGCUCACGAGCGAGCUCCAAGAAAGAUACUGUGAGCACUUAACUCCUAUUGGAAAAAUCGUGUUUCCUGUGUGAUCUGUAGUCUUUUUUUUUAAAUAAAACACUCCUUUCAAUUUUAUAAGCAAGUGGAUUGUCAGACAUGCAGAUGUGGAUUCAGAAGAUGAGCAGAAUCUCUGCAGUGGCCGCUUUGCAGAUCGCAUUACUUCAGACGCAAAGAGUGUGGUGGGAAUCUGUGGUGUUAAGAAUGAAAAAUCAUUAGCUCUGUUUGUCGAGACAAAACGUCCGUUUAGUCUCCGCAUAUUUAUCUUUUUGUUAGUUGCCCUUUUUUUUUCCUGCGAUUAUUUCUCUUGGAAUUGGAAAUGUUACUGUUGGAGAAGGGUGUGUCAUAUGGGAUCCUGUUAGGAAAUAAAGACGUGAUGUCUGAAA